AUGCCUCCUCCGCCGGGCGAUUGCUCUUUCACCCUGUCGGAGCUCCUCUCCUUCCUCCGUCUUAAGAUCGCCGGCGAGCCCCUCCCUGCCACCGCCGCGGCACAUUUCCACGACGCCGACAUCUACACCGCUGACCCGGCCCUGCUCGCGACGCUCUUCGAUCCGGCUCCGGCGAAGAAAGGGGAGAGCGGCUCGUGGUUCUUCUUCACCCACGUAAGGCCCAAGAGCAGCAGCGACAGCCGCAAGUCACGACAGGUUGCGGGUGGAGUGGGCACGUGGCACUCCGAGCGCGCCCCCCGCCGCGUGCUCGACGACGAGGGCAAUUGCCUCGGACACAGCCAGUAUUUCUCCUACAAGCUCAAGAUCGGGAAGAACUGCCACGAGAGGACCGAGUGGUACAUGCUGGAGUUCAGCGACGACCAAGAAGCGGAUCACGAGCGCGUCCACGGCGGCGAGCCCCAGCUGCAGCAACGGAUCCACGUCGACACCAUCACACCGCCAUACUCUGCAUCAGCGCGCAAGAGGAAGGCUGUCGGUGAGGCCUCCGUCAAGGCAAAGCAACAGCUUUUCGAUUCCUCUGCGCCAGCUUCAGCGGCCAGGUCGCAAGAACAGGUCAGGUCUACAACGCCAUCCAAUCUGAUGUCAUCAGACUGCAUUGCGCUGAUGACCAAGGCAGACGGCGAGGCAACAAUGUCGCAGUUGAAGAUUGGUGAUACAUCAGUUUUUUCAAGAUUUUGGCCUGAACCAGAGAUGUCGACAUCAGACUGCAUUGCGCUGAUGUCUAAGGCAGACGGGGAGGCAACAACGUCGCAGUUGAAGAUCGGCGAUACAUCAGAUUUUUCAAGAUUUUGGCCUGAACCAGAGAAGUCGUUCGACUGGGGCUACACGACGACCGGCGGCGCUCUUCCUACACUCGAGAACUGCUCCCGGACAAAUGUCAGGGACGUCGGCGAUGUGUUCUGCGAUGCUUGGCCCUCUGCUUUCCAUAGCAGCAAUGACACCACGACGUUCGUGUGCGGUAUGCCCUCUGCUCCCGUUCUACCGCCGCCUGCUUUCGUGUGCGGGGAGACAAAUCCGUUGAGUUGGGCAAUGAGGAUGAGGGCUGCGCUUUAUGUGGCACAGACAUUGGAGUGCUACAGUAGCAAAGGGAGGGCACCCUAUCAUGACCUGCAUGCAUACAGGGUCGUCUUUGAUGUGGAUGGUAACCCUAGACUGGCAUGUUUUGGUCUGAUGAAGAACAGACGGGAUGGAAGAGCUACAGUACUAAUUUGGCCUUCACGCCUCCUGAGUAUCUUAAGACAGGCAGAGAAACUGGAGUCACCAAAACCACGGGCAAGACUCUAUGAAGGGAAGAUAACACUCCCAUUAAGUGUUGCAACUGCAGGAACUCCAAGUUAUUCUUUGACUUGA